AUGCAGCAAUCAGAGUGUCAUGGAAGUGUCCACUUGAGAAACCGAGGAGCAGGAAACUGUGAUCAAAGGACAUCAUCCAGCAUGCAAUUAAAACACAGGACUGCAAUCCAGCGUAGCAAAUCCUCAUUGUCAACCAGCUCUCUGGAGUGUGCAAGAAAACUUCCUCCUCGACCAAGUGAUAAACUUAACCCUAAAACCAUUAACCCGUUUGGGGAUCAGCCACGAGCCCCAUCUGCUUUUGCAGCUGUUUACUCUAAAGGAGGUAUUCCCUGCAGAUUAGUGCAUGGCUCGGUAAAACACAGAUUACAGUGGGAGUGUCCUCCUGAAAAUCUUCCCUUCGAUCCUCUUCUUAUUACUUUAGCUGAGGGUCUGAGAGAGACGAAGCAUCCAUACACCUUUGUGUCAAAGGAGGGUUUUAAAGAGUUACUUUUGGUCAGAGGAGCUCCUGAAAAAGCUGUUCCUCUGCUUCCCAGACUCAUUCCUGUGCUGAAGGCAGCUCUGGUCCAUCCAGAUGAUGAGGUGUUUGAAAGAGGACUGAAUGCUGUGAUGCAGCUAAGUGUUGUUGUUGGUCCUUCUCUGAAUGACCAUCUGAAACAUCUGCUGACAAGUCUUGCGAAGAGACUGAUUUACAAGAAAUUCAAAGAGCCAAUCACCACUGCAUUGCAGAAGCUGGAGCAGCAUGGUGGAAGCGGAAGCCUCAUUGUCAUCAAAUCUAAAAUCCCAACAUACUGCUCUAUCUGCUGUUGAAGAACGGAGCCAGCUGGCAGUGUCUUAUUUAUGUGGUGAC